UUGACUGGGUUACUACUGGUAUAAAGAAUGAUACUGUCUACACUGAUAAAAGAAAUUCACUUCUCUCUGGACAUUGUUUCUGAAGGUUUUGUGCCCUAUAAACGUGACUGGGUAGAAAUUGAGUAUUCCAAAGAACCAGGCACUGCAAAGAUUAAUACACACUCAGUGAAGCCCUUGAACUGUGAGCUCGUGGAAAAGAUCUGCAAUACUUCACUAAACAACAGAUGUGGAAUAAUCGACUACAGCAUCUUUUUCACCUUGGAUUCUCUGAAGUGUCCAGCUGAAUAUGAACCUCAAAAACAUGACCUGGUUGAUGCAGUCAUAGUGGAGAGUAUCCAGGUGGGCUGUACUUGGAGAGCAGUUUCCAUCACCCCAGUGUAA